CGUCUGAAGAUCCGAUCCCUCAUGUCUAUAACGGUGGUCCUUUAGUUUCGGGAGGACUGUUGAACCAUGCGGACGGUGUUUAUAAUAGCUCUCUGCGUGGGCAUUGCUCUGGCAGGACAGAGCAAGAUUCGAGAGGCGAGGAAGAAAAGAGAGUUUACCCUGUCCUUUUCACAAGGGGGUUCAACCACGUGCCAAGGCGACCAACUCACCAACUGUGCAAGCUAUACGAAGUCCGUGUGCAGUAAUCCUGAGUACUCCAAAUGGGUAGCCGACAACUGCUGCGCCUACUGUGGUGUAGGAGGAGUCAGUGGUGGAGGCAUGCCCCCAGCUCCCCAAACCACAUCAGGAUUCAAUCUGGUUUUUGCCACUAAUGCACCGCAAAUGGGAGGUGGAGGAAGUUGUCAGGACGCUAUCCCGAACUGCGCCUCCUACACAUCCUCCGUCUGCACGGAUCCUUCGUACUCUGACUGGGUCCACACCAACUGUGCUCACUUCUGCAACAAGUGUGGUGGUGCUGGGGUUACCAACCAUCCAGUUCCAAUAAUGGGAAGCACUUGCCAGGACAAGCUCCCCAACUGCGCCUCAUACGCCGCCGAUGUGUGUACGAGUUCCUCUUACGCACAGUGGGCCAAGGAUAACUGCGCAAAUUUCUGUCACCUUUGUGGUUCCACAGGACCAAUGGGAUUAACAGCUGGACCCAUGCCCAUAGGCAUGAUGCCUACAAGCGGAACAAUGCCAGUGAGUGGAGGCAUGACUGGAGGCUGCACGGACGUUUCGUCGAACUGUGCCCAGCUAAAUUCCGCUUCACACAUAUGCACCGAUAGCGGCGCUCUGAUCUAUGCACAGCAGAACUGUGCUCGUACAUGCAACAUGUGCUCUGGCGGUUCACAACCGCAAAUGUCCACCUCUUCCUGUUCCGACAAAAUGCCAAACUGUGCAGCCUAUGGAGCCGGUGUGUGCUCUGAUCCAACGUAUUCUGCUUGGGUGUCCGAUAACUGCCAAGCGUUCUGUCACAAAUGCUCUUCUGGAGGUGGAUCUGUCCCCAUGGGUGGAUCUGUUCCAACUGGAGGUGGCAGCGGAGGAAGUAUAAGCGGCCAAUCAUCCGGUUGUGUUUACAAUGGUCAGAUGUAUUCGCAAGGGCAGACCUGGAAGGACGCCUGCAAGUUCAGCUGUACAUGCGUGGAUGGUUCAUCUGGGAAAUACCAGUGUCAACAGAUAUGCGUGACAUGGGACCUGCCACCCCAGUGCACAUUGAACCCUCCAGCGGCUGGGAAGUGCUGUUCCACACCAAACUGCCCUGCUGGCUUCAACAUCCAGUACCCGCCAGGAUACGUUGCCAACUAAUAAUAAAGCAAACUGAAAUAAACAUUGAAACUA